AUGGAAGGCCUGGAGAGCGUGGUGGUCUGGGUGCACAGUGGUGGUAGGAAAUGGGAAGGCCCUGAGGUUUCUGGUGUGGCCGUGGCUCCCAAGGAAAGCUCGAACUCAUUCAUUCAGCGCUUUUUAGGGUGCCUCCCAUGUGAGGUAAGGUUCUGGGAACUGGGAAGACACAGGUCAGUAGGACUGGACUUUGACCUUGAAGAGAUCAUGGUAGGUGAGAGUGGGAUACGUCUAUGGGGGAAGACCAGCUGGCAUGGUUACAAGCCUAGACUCUGGGGCUCCAGGCAGGAGACUGGCAAUAUUCCAGACGGGAAGUGA